AUGGCAGAGCUUCCGGUGAAAAAGCUGCAGCAAAGCAGAAAGCGUAGAAACGGGACAUGUUGGGACGGGGAGAUCACCAUCCUCCCUAAACAGCCCUGUUUACAGCGUGCUCACACGGGUUCUUGCACUUACAUCGUCAAGGAGUUGAUCGAGGGCCAAGAAUUUUUGACUGGAAACGCCAAACGGAAACCAGUAGUCAGUAGUCUGUGCAAGUUUUGCUUGGGGCAACGUCAGCCCAAACAUCCACGACCGGUGACCGCUCCGCGAUGGCAGAGACGGACGCGGAGUGCCUCGGUACUCCAACAGGCGCAGCUUGAGAUUUCCAACACCAUUGAUUUUGAGCAAACUUCAAUGUUGAAUGCAACCCCCAUAGAAAAGUUUGAGCUUGAAAUGAUAGUGCAAAGUUUUCAGAAAGCGCUUCCUCGACAAAUCGUCACGGAGGAGGUACGCAACGACCCCACCAGCACCACCGUGGCGAAGUUGAGACGUGGCGACUCUGCUGUGCAGUCCAUUGUAUCUUCCAAGGCGGACUUGUCAUCAGAGCGUGAGGCCAUGAUCAGUGCCAAGAAAGCUUUGAACGGUAUGCACCAUGGCAGGGACGUUGGCGACGUGCUGUUCAAAUUUGAGACUUUGAAGGAACCGCCGAGAGAAGGAUGUCUUGCGGAGGAUCCCACCCGUUGCAAUGUCGUAGCGUCGUCAACUCGGUACACCUGGCUGAAGUUGGCGAAGCCGAAACAUCUUUUGGUUUCGAUCGCUCUUAGUGCUGAUUAUGAAAUUCAGAACUUAGGCCAAGAGGCCACCCUCGUACAGCAGAACGUGGAGCUCGCUCUCACAUUGUUCUAUGUUGUCGAACUGUUCUUGAAGCUAAUGGUGAACCGGCUCUACUUUUUCGUCAAUGAAGAUUCUCUCUGGAACUGCUUCGACUUUGUGCUGGUGAUGUUUUCAAUUGUGGAAUAUGCGGUGAAAAUUCACUUGGAAGUCACAGGAACCGAUUCAGGCGGCGGUGGCGGCAUGAACGUCGGCUUUCUCCGUAUGUUCCGGUUGUGCAAGAUUGCCAAGGUCCUUCGAGUGUUUCGAACGCUGCGCUUUUUUACAGAGUUGCGCUUGAUGAUGGACUGUGUCUUGGGGUCCUUCAUCAAUGUCUUCUGGUGUUUAGCCAUGAUUGUCUUCGUCCUCUACGUUUUCAGCCUCUUAAUUGUUCAGGGCUUGACGGAGUACCUCCUCGCCGAGGUUGACAACCUGACCGAGGCCUACAAGGAUCAAUAUGUUCGCUUCUUUGGUUCAGUCAGCCAGAUUCCUCAGAUGCCGCAGUCCAAAACUGCUACCACUGCUGGGAUCGACUGGAGCGAAGCCUUUGUGGUUCUUCGCGUGGCUGGAGUCUUUCCGUCCAUUUGCUUCUUGACGUAUGUGAUCAUCUUCACGAUUUCUGUUUGGAACAUUGUCACAAGUACCUUCGUCGAAAAGGCCAUGAAGCUGGCCCAGCCAGAUUUGGAGUCCAUGAUUCAUGAAAAGAAUAUCAAAGAUGCCAAAGAUGCAGGAGAUCUCGCCCGUCUGUUCCUUCCAUUCACCUCCAAGAAUGAUGAGGGAGAUGAUGUAAUCUCCUUCGAACAGAUUCGUGCAGCUGCCGAUCAACCCAGGUUCCGUCAAGAUCUGACCGUCCGUGGAGUUGACAUCAAAAAUGUCGAAAUCUUUUUCAAGAUGCUCAGUGCGGUGAAUGAGGGCGGCGUGAAGCUCCAAACCCUGGUGAGCGCCUGUGUGCGGAUGAAAGGGGUGGCCACGAGCAUCGACCUGCAGUCAGUGAGUUUUGAGAUCCAGAUGAUCUCCAGUUUUCUGGCGAAAACCGCUACCGCAGAGAGAUCAUGGUUGGAUCCUGUCGACCUGCUUUUUUUUAAAGGGGAUUUUCCAAGCAAAGCAACAAAGAUGGAGAACGUCACAAUUUCGAACAGGUAA